AUGGACCAUUAUCAUUGCGACGUUUCGUGAUGUCGAUGUUCGCUCUCGGGCUCCCCGGAUCGUAUUUCUCGACCGCCGCCGUCGUCGUCGUCAUCCUAAGCGAACCGGCUGCGGCGAUGAUACAUGACGGUCACCGUCAGCCAAGAAAAACCCCCCGAUUUUGUAGUCUAUUUGAUGAACGAUCUUGGAAAACCCGAGGCCAAGCACAACACGGAAGGAAUAAAUAUAGAAACGAGGGCAUCGAUCCCAAUACGGGAAGGGGCGUGCGUGUGGUCUUCACGUGUGGCGGCGAACGGAGGAAACGGCUGAUCCGAGGGAGCUCCUCCCCAGGGCUGUUCUAUUCCUGAAGAAGGGAAUGAUCG